GCCCAAUCGGAGUGGCUACUAGAAAAUUUUCAGGUAAGAAACGCUUAAUAGUAGACCUGUCAUCUCCGCAUAAAUCCACAGUCCCAAGCAUCAAUAGUUCGAUACCCCUCGAUGAAUUUUCACUCAAAUACCAAGACAUAGAUCAGGCAGUCGAACUGAUUAAAAUCGCGAGCAAAAAUAGACAUCACUUCUGCUUUCAAAGUGAUGCCUAUCCAUCUGGACUUUUGGCACCUGUUUGGGAUACGAUGGCUCGAGAAAUACUAUUUCGCUGUCCGGUUAACCUUCGGAUGCAAAAGCAGCCCCAAAAUUUUCGAUAUGCUAUCCGAAGCCGUUUGCUGAAUCCUUUCCAACAAUUACGCAAUCCCACAUAUUAUCCAAUUUAUAAUUAUCGCAAAGCAUGUUCCAGGUACAGAAAACCAAAUUGCUGACUCCCUGUCUCGUUUCUGUUUCAGAAAUUCAGGACGCUGGCUCCAGAGGCGGACCAAUUCCCCACUCCGGUUCCUCACUAUUCAGAAUUAAUAUUCCCAUAACCCACCCUCUAAAACCAAUCCUCGAAGCAUCGCUUGACUCUAUUCUACAAGCAGUCUCUUCCAGAACUCUCCAGUCAUAUGUGACUGCGUGGAGAUGCUUUAAGUCAUUUCACCUCACCUAUAACAUCCCUUUACCUGAUUUUUCCUUACUCUCCAUCACCUCUUUCAUAUCGUUCCUCAACGGCGCCAAGGGUCUCCAAGUUGGAUCCAUUAAAAGCUACCUGAGCGGAGUCCAGUUUUUUCACAAACUGAUGACCGGCGCUCCUUCACCCGAAAUAAACAAUUCACAAACCUCCCUCCUAAUUAAAGGGAUCCAGCGAUCCCAGCCCACCCAUCCAGACACCAGAAAAGCCAUAAUGCUAGAUAUCCUCACAAAAUGUAUCCACACCCUCCACACAAAUCCUAGCCUUUUUCGGUUUUCUCAGGUGCUCGGAGCUUACGAUCGCUUCUAAAUUUAAUCCGAAAAUCAACCCCACCAUAUCAGACCUAACUAUACUAGAUGACGAAACAAUCGCUUAUUUAAUCAAACAAAGCAAAACAUACCAAGGCAACAAAGGCCAUUUUAUAUACAUGAUCAAUCUCCCCUCCCAAAUCCAGCCUUACCAAUCCAUCCUCGCUUUUUUACACCUUAGAAAUUCCCAGGCAAAGUCCCCGCACGAACCCCUAUUCAUCGACGAGUCUAAAAAACCAGUCACUCGUUUCUGGUUUCAAAAACACCUCAAAUGCGUCCUGGAAUUAUCAGGCAUCCCAGUGAACAAUUUCUCCACCCAUUCAUUUCGCAUUGGGGCAGCAACUUCGGCAGCACAAAAAGGCCUCUCCAACCAGCAGAUCCAAACUCUCGGAAGAUGGUCCUCAGAAGCAUACCAAAGUUACAUAACAAUAAACCAGUUUCACAUAGAGAAAGCCCACCAAACCCUCAUCGGCCAUAUAUAUUAAAAAAAAAAAAAAAAAAAAAAGCCAGCGAUACAGUCCUAUUGAAUAUCAACGAGUACAUCGCGCUGAAAAAAUUUAAUAAAAAAUAAAGAAUAUGUUUUUUUAAUUAUAAUAAAUACCGCCGACGCCAGCCGCACACUCCCGGCCAGACAACCUUACCUUUUCUAUCCUAUGACCAGCGAGGCUUCUCUCUCCGAUGACAGGAGCACAAGCUCCCAUCGGAUGCUGACGAGAGCCUCCCGACCAGACAACCUCACCUUUUCCAUUCUGCUGCCAAUAUGGCUUACCCGUUCGUUGCCAGGAGCUCACACUCCAUUCGGACGUAGAAGAAAGCCCCCGGCUACCUGCUUUGCCAUUCUGUCUUACGUUCGGAGAGGUUUACCCAUCCAAUGCAUGGAGUCAGGGCUUCCAUUGAAUUUAGGUGAGAGCUUCCCGGCUAGACAACCUUACCAUUUCCGUCCUUUGGCCAGCGAGGCUUAACCGUUCAAUCCGGGAGCUAAGCUCCUAUCGGACGAAGGUAAGAGCCUCCCGGCUAGACAACCUGACCUUUUCCGACGCUACGAGUCUCAUCCUCUCGCCAAAUCCUGCAAAAAAAAAAAAAAAAACUCUCAGCUACCCACAGCUACUCUCACAUCUUUUAACCCUGCCUGGCGAGGCUUACCCGUUUGAUGUUAUGAGUUAGAGGCCCCAUCGGAUGCCGCGAGAGUCCUCCCAGUCGGGUUUUCCUUUUCAACUCUCCCCGUCCGCCGAGGCUUACCCGUCUGAUGCGUGUGCUCCCUUCAGACGUCUGUCAAGAGUCUCCCGGAUGGGCCUAUGCUUGCCGGCUGCAAGUGAGUCUCAUCCAUCCGAUGCCGUGAGUCGGAAUCUCCCUUCGGUUGACGCCAGAGUCCUCCUUGUCGGCCAGCCCAAAGCUUUUUAUCUGCCAAACCGAGAGGACCCAGACGUCCGUCAUCCUGAGUCUCAAUCUCCUGUCGGAGGCUUCAUGGGCCCUCUUGGUCAGCGUUAGGCCCUUCACCCACUGAAUAGCAGGGACUAUCAGCCAGUAGGGCCCGUACGCCGACACCGUGAACUAUUCCGGUCAAGGCAACUCGGGUCCUCCCGGUCGGGCACCACAACCAUGCUGCUCCUCCUCAUUGGCCGGUAGGGCUCACCGUUCCAACGCCCAAUGUCAACGGGCAUUCUGUCCUCUUGUACACUUGCCUUUUUGGGGGGUACUCUAGGUUCGGGCCAUUCCCGAGCUCGGAGCCCUUCCCCGGACAGCACGCCAAAUACGCAUACCAUACCUCAGCUAAUUAUAUGUAAGCGUGAACUAGUGAAAUUUAAUUUAUUAAUAAGAUUCGGGAGGAGCGCGUCAGAUACUUAGCCUAAUCAACACAGGUGGACCAUAAUCAAGUAAUCAAUCCCAUAGUAUAAAUAUUCCUGCCUUACCUAUAUCCAUUGACAGUUUAUCAGCAUCCCUUCUCCACCCCAUCUCCUCACUUCAAGUUCACUUUAUAAAUAGACAUGGGAAGGGGGGGGUUUCUAGGUUUGGGCCAUUCCCGAGCUGGGAGCCCUUCCCCGGAGAGCACGCCAAAUACGCAUACCAUACCUCAGCUAAUUAUAUGUAAGCGUGAACUAGUGAAUAGCAGUUUGUUAUGUGCCGAUCGGGUGCAGUUGGGCCUUUGUCUUCCUAGCCAGGUUCGGGUCUGUAUAGCUUUGAAUUGCUUCUUUUCAAGUUGGCCACCACCCCUCAUAUUGAAUUUUGCCAUUAAGGCAUUUGACAUGAUUCUGUGAAAGAAAGUAAUCAUGAUUACUUCACUUCUCAGAUAUUUCGACAUAAGGUCAGUAUUACAAAUUUAAAGUACUAUGCUGCAUGGCAAUUGCAUGCAAUGAUAAAAACCUUCAUUUUCAUUUAACUAGUGCUUGAACUAUGCCCUUAUCAAUAUCUACAAUUCUUAUAACAAGUAAUGACUGUAAUCCAUUGCUUACACUUUGAUGGGAACAUUGCAGAUAGAGGAUGCAGCACAUUUUUUGAUCGGAAGUAACUCCUUUAUUAAAAUUGAGCAGAAUGCCAGAAGCAUUUGAGAAAGAUAGAAGAGACAUUAAAGCAAUUGGGAUCUGAGAGGCAUCUCUUCUUUUUUUUCUUAUACAUUUUGAAUCUAUCUGCGUGCCUAGAGCGAAAUAGACAUGCAUAAAAAACAAGCGUUUGAAGCUAAAUUGACGCACGUCGAAGCGAAAUCCGCUUCUUGUGGGAGGGGCAAGUGCUAGGUGUUUGUCUGUUUGCAUGAUGGCUUAUGUUGAUUGUGCAUUCAUAGAGAGUUAACGCUUUGUAUUUGCUCUGGAAAGCAGAACAGCAGCGUAGGGGUCAGUGUCCGGAGGCAUUCCCAGUUUGGCGAGUUUCAUCAUUUGCUCUAGGAGCUGCGCUUGGAUGACGGCUGCUUUCAGCGGUAUUUCUUCCUGUCUUGCGCACAAUUUGAUGACAUGUUGUCCCGUGUCAGAGCGAGGAUUACCCUCCAGGACAUCAACUACAGGCACCCUAUCAUAGCUGCGGAGCGCCUGUCCAUCUAUCUUCGGACCAUAGCAUUCAGCUACAGGAUUGGUGUCUCCACGGUGUGCCAGAUCGUCCCCCAGUUAGUGACUGCCAUCUGGGACUGCCUUGUGGAGGACUACAUGGCUGUGCCCACCACUGAUGACUGGAGGUCCAUUGCAGAGGGAUUCCAGGAGCGGUGGAACUUCCCUCUGUGUUGUGGAGUGGUGGAUGGGAAGGCAUCCCCCAACUCAGGAUCCCAGUUCCACUUCUCCAUCGUUCUCCUUGCAGUUGUGGAUGCGAAGUAUCGCUUCCGGGUGAUCGAUGCUUGGGGGUACGGCAGGACUAGUGACAGUGGGAUUCUGGCAAACUCCGCCUUUGGACAGGCUCUCCGGGCGCGCACACUUCAUCUGCCUGCUGACCAGCCUCUACCUGGUGCUGAAGAAAGAGGACCCCAGCCCCAUGUCUUCAUGGCUGAUGAGGCAUUCCCGCUGAGGAGGAACCUGAUGCGGCCCUUCCCUGGACGCACCCUUCCUCCAGAGAGGCAUGUCUUCAGUUAUUGUCACCAGAGCCAGGCUGGUGGUGGAGAACGCCUUUGUCAUCCUCUCCUCACAGUGGAGGAUGUUUCGGCGGCUCAUCGAGAUCAACCCUGAAGUUGCGGAAAAGUGUGUGAAGGUGACGUGUUCUCCACAGUGGCAGCAUCAGCAGCCCAGCAUCAGCCCUGAGCACUGGCAGAAGCAGCCCAACAUAAGCCCUGAGCAGUGGCAGCAGCAGCGGCCCAGCAUCAGCCCUGAGCAGUGGCAGCACUGAGCAUUGGCAGCAGCAGCCCAGCAUCAGUCCUGAGCAGUGGCAGCAGCAGCAGCCCAGCAUCAGCCCUGAGCAGUGGCAGCAGCAGCCCAGCAGCAGCCCUGAGCAGUGGCAGCAGCAGCAGCCCAGCAGCAGCUCUCAGUUUGCCAAUUUGUUGGACUCUGGCCCAAUAUGAACACAUCAAAACCAAAUACUCUUUCAUAUUCCUAUCCAAUUAUGCACUGGGAUGUGAAAUAUGCAGAGAUGCAUGGUCACCAGGUGUGCUAAGAUCUGGUUCAAACAAAUACACUUUUUCAUCAGAGUGGCAAUAUGGCAGAGUUAAACCUUAUGGGGAUACUAAAGAUCUUCACUGACCCUGCUGCUGACCCACUCCUCUUCUCCAUCUCCUUCCUCUUCUCCUGAUUGUCCCUGAGGGUUUUCAGCUUUUUCCUGCACACGUCCUCUGAAUAAACACUCUGACAAGUGAAUGAUUGAUUGAUUGAUGUCAAAGCUUAAAGGGGGGGUGAAAUGCUCGUUUCACUCAAUAUCCUGUUAAUCUUUAGUACCUGUAGAGUAGUACUGCAUCCUUCAUAACUCCAAAUAGUCUUUAGUUUUAUUAUAUUCAUAAGAGAAAGAUAGUCUGUACCGAUUUUUCCCGGAAAAACACGAGCGCCUGGAGGUGUGAUGUGUGGGCGGAGCUAAAGAAUCACGAGCGCCAGUAGGCUUUUGCGUUGAGAGCGUUUGGAAGCUGUGACACCGUGAGGACAAAACCAACCAAAACAAACCAUGGCCAACAGUCAGAUUCAGCGUAUAUUUAUGUUCCAGAAUCAGAUCCCGAGGCUGAAACUGAACAAGAGCAGCAGCAGCAACGACUCGCUCCGAGCGGGGCUCGGACCCGGGUCUCGGCAUGGGAGGCGGACGCACUAACAAGAAGGCAGAGAUAUUUGAAGCAGUUUUAGUCACCGCCUGCGGUUCCAACACACGAUCGUGGCCCUUUUUCGUUGGGAUUGCAUCAUCCUUAAGAAAUAAACGAUACGCAAAUCCGUCGUCAAACUGGGCCAUGUUUGUAAAACAAGCAUCUUCGAAAUGCAGGGAACAAACACAAACACUUGCACAACUCCUUUGAUGCUCUGUAAAAAUAAACUCCAUCCACUGGUCCCUCAAUGCUGUUUUUUUUGGUAAUCUGUGCAGGGUUGUCUUGCCCUGGCAACCAAAAAUACACUUCUUUUGUGACAUUUCGCGAUGCUCUCGCUCUGAUCACUCAAUGCCUCUGCUCUCAGUGCUCUGCUAUACGGGAGCGUGCGCUCUUCUGGCAGACGUGCCCUAGGACCCAUAUAAGGAAAUUCCGCUCCAUCUAACGUCACACAGAGCCAUACUCGAAAAAAACUUUCCGAAACUUGUGACAAACCGGAAGGAGUAUUUUUGGAACAGAAAUACUCCUUCAAACGUACAACUUAAUUUUUGAAACUUUGUCCAUGUUUAGCAUGGGAAUCCAACUCUUUAACAGUGUAAAAAACUCAGUAUGCAUGAAAUUGCAUUUUCACCCCCCCCCCCUUUAAUGUUGAGCCCUGUAUUAGCAAUGUUAUUGUUGUGAGUUUCAUCCCAUUUUCACUUUUGUAAUGCUGUUAUUGUUUGUCUUUUCUCAUUGUUACUAUGCACUUAAAAUGGUUUGAGAUGGAUAGAAAUGUCAUUGCUGUGUGAGUUUAGUCUUUUUCAAAAUUCAUGUUUGCAAUGUUUUUUUAAUUAAAUAUUUUACAGAGUAGUGAUAUUGCUGUGAAUUUCAUGUUUUUCAAUAUUGGUUUUCUAAAUGUACUUUAUUAUAAGUAAAUAUGCUUUAAAAUCAUAAAAUUCGAUUUUUUCCCCCUGUCACGAUCAUUAGAUGGAGUGCCCAUGAGCUUCAGUAGAGGGCACUCCACUCAGGACCAUUCCACCCAUCAACCACCAGAUGUCACUUGGACACUAGCACCUCUCAUACUGUUGCACCACACCCAAACUACAUCACCCAUAAGUCACUGCAUCACAAUCACCCUGCCACACCUGCACCUCAUUCAUCAGCCAAUUUCUUUGCCACACCUGCACCUCAUUUACACACACACAUAUAAGCAGCACACUCACUCUCACUCACUGCGAAGUCUUGUUUAGCCAGUCUGACAUUUCCGAGCGGUUUCCUUGUGUUUUCCUUCCGUACCUGACCUUUGGAUUAUUUAUACUGACUCUGAUUCUCUGCUGCUUGCCCCCGACAUCUGCUUGUUUCUGUUAUCGAUUCUGAUUAUCCCUACAUACCUGACGCCGUAACUGAUCAUUGCCUGUCUGACCAUUCUCAUCAUUAAAAUUUUGCACAUGGAUCCGAACGUCUCUGUCUCAUCAUUACACCCCCAGU